AUGUCACAUUUUCCAAUUACACACUACCGUUCAUUCAAUGAUCCAUUCGAUCGCUUCUUUGGAGAUCAAUUGAAUUUCUUCGAUCCAUGGCGUGAUUUCGAUACGUUUCCAACAGCUUUCUCAACAUUUCCUAAUUCAUUCCGAUGGAUCAAUGCACCACGUCAAAUGAGUCGUCGAUCAUCAUCAUCCUAUCACACAUCAUCUUCAUCGGGCAAUGUAGGUGCUGGUAGUACCCUUCUUCCAAUUUCUUCACCAUCAUUACCAGCUCUUUCUGAAAAAUUUCGUGUGCAAUUGAACGUGGCUGGUUUCAAUCCUGACACAAUUCGAACACACGUUGAGGGUCGAAAAGUCAUUGUCGAGGCAAAAGAAGAAGAUCGUCAAGCCAGUGGUGACUAUAGUCUUCGUGAAAUCCGAAAGACCUAUGAUCUUCCUGAACAUGCUGAUUCAUCAAAUUUGGCUUCAUUUGUUACACCAAACAACAUGCUUGUCAUUGAAGUACCUAUCCAUGCUCCACGUAUCGAACGUCGUCCAUCACAAACGCUAGCCGAUACUCAAGCACUUAGUUUAUUUGGUCAAUUUCGUGAUCCACUUUUUGACUAUCCCGGAUUUAUUGCUUCAGCAGACUUUCGUCCCAGUAUUAUUGAUAUUGGUGGUGGACAAAAGCGCAUUAAAAUGUCGUUGGCAGUGAAAAACUACCGACCUGAACAAAUCAAAGUUUCAGUGAAGAAUAAUGAAUUACUUGUACAAGCUGAAAACAUUUACAACGAUAAUAAUCGUUCCGAACGGUCGUUCUUAACAAAAUCAAUUACAUUACCACCCGGCACACAAGCUAAUGAACUGAAAUCCUUUCUGAAUUCGGACGGACAACUGGAAAUCGAAGCACCAUUCAUCGAACCUACACAUAUGCGAUCCAUUGAAGUUCAACAUUGA